AUGGAGGGUCAAUCAAAUAAAGAAUUCUUUUCAUGUAAUUCUGAAGAAGAGCCUCGUUUAAUAAUAGAAUUUAUUGAUUCUGACAUUAAAUUAACUAAUGAUACUUAUUUUACAAUAGUCAGAGUCAAAAUUACAGCUUUAAGUGAUACAAAUUAUGCACGAAAUAUAGUUUUGAGUUUUCAACAUGAGAAUGGAUCUGGAUGUGAAGUGGAAGUUUGUUUUUGUUUUACGUAUUGUCCUUUGACUCUUCAUGCUGAGUUCCUAGCAAAACAAGAUAUAGACCCAUAUCCAUAUUAUCCUCUGGACAGUCAAGCAGAGUUAUUCAAUUACAUGGAAACUUGCAACGAUUUUCUUGAAAGGUGGAUGUUUCAACAAGGAUUUAGAAGAGAUUUAUAUCCAAUAAUACCAGAUACAUUUCACGCUAUUUCUUCUUCAAUAUCCUCACAACCAGGUGGCACAAAAUCAAAAGGAAUAAAUGUAACAUAUUUAAAUUUUGUUCGUAGAGUAGCUGGACCACUUAUGAAACAUGUCCGAAAAGUAUCCGUCGUUGCAGUAGACGAAUCCUUUAAAUUUGUUAAAGAAAUUCAUGAUACAUAUCGAGAAAUAUUAAGUCUUCUGAGAUCUCGUGGUGCAAAUCUGUGGGUUCUACAAGCGAAGUUCCUAUUGAGUUAUGAACAAUUUGUUACAUAUUCUGAAAAUGUAACUUCAAAAUGUAAUGCUGAUACAAUAUUAACACAAGAGCUCAUAGCAAAUGAAAAGCUUUUUGAUCGAUUAAAUAAACAAAGUUGGAUAGAUUUCAUUUUACAAACUUAUAAAGUAUUUAUAAUGGAUAGUUGUUUUUUUGAAUGCGUCUGUAUGAGUACACAGCCAAGAGAUAUUAUUAAAAUUAUAGUUGAUUGGUAUAACGAAAGUAUUUCUAAGCAACAUUUAAAACUUAGAAAUAAAACUAAAUCUGUUAAAGUAGUAACUAAUAUAACGACUGAUUUAUCUGAUGGCAUUGCUCUAAUAUCAACGAUUAUAAAUUAUUGUCCUUUUAUGGCAGAUCAUUUUCAGUUAUUCUGUGAUACCAAUGAGAAUAAUGCUAUAGACCAAAUUAUAAAUAAUGGAUGUUUAGUAAUAGAGGCGAUGAAUAUCUUAAGGCUUUAUUUUCCUCUGACCAGUAAAGAUUUGUUGGAACCAAACUUUCUACAGAUGCUAUUUUUAUCAAUUCAUUUAUAUAUAGUUUUACCCACAUUUAAACCUAAAGAUGCCGUUGAAUUCAGUCCACCACUCUUAAGGAGUUCAUCGAGACAAUUGGCAAUAAGCCCUUCUAGUCAAGAGUCCUUAAUUUUCAACUAUGUAAUUUUAAAUAAUAUAAAGACAAAUUUUUCCGUUGAAAAAGGUUCAACAGCAGAUAAUGGAAAAAAGAUAUAUCUCAAUGUGAAUUAUACGGCAAAUUUUGUUGCAAAAGAGAUGGCUGUACUUCUUGUACACGGCUAUAAUAAAACUAGAGUAUUUGAUACAUAUGUAGUCUUUAUAUUACAUGGAAAUGUUGGAAUUCUUAAUCCACUUAGAAAGUGUAAAGUAACUGGGCCUCUUUAUAGGCCUUAUAAAGUAGAUGUGCUCGUAGCGUCACCCUUUUUAGUUACUGCCAAUUAUAAACUAUCUUUAACUGAUAAUGAGCCAGAAAUUCCCGUUCGUUUCGAAGAAAAUUUGUAUCCUAAAUACUAUGUAAAACGUCUUCAUCUUAUUGACAAAGAAGUUUCUUUGAUUGGCCUACCCAAGGAAAGUGGACAAGAAAUACAGGAACAAAAAAUAUAUUUGCAAAUAAUAUGCCUUAGUACUCAAAUAGGCAAUUCGUGGUUGUGGUUUAGAAGUGAUAUUGGGGAAUUUUUUAUUCGUAUAACAACGCAACCUCGAUGGGACCUAGCAAUAGAUACAUUGCAAGGAAGAGUUCACAUGUGGCCUUUACACCCUUGUAACUGCGGAGAAACUUGUGAAUGUUAUCGUACCACUGUUGUAAUGAUUCCGCAUCGCAAUGAAUUGAUGCUUAAGUCAUUGCGCUAUGCUUUAAUUGAAGAGGCAUCGGAAGUGAUGAUUGAAGUUUUUGACAAACUUAUUGAGUCUACCACAGGAAAGUUAAUACUUUUAAUGUUGUUAAAAGAAGGUGGCACAAACCUGUCCGAAGUGCAUCACAUUCUACGUAACGACACGACCUAUCGGAUUAUCUCCCGUGCUCUUUUACCAAGACUCGAUAAAGUGACAUUAGCACAACACACAGGAGCUUUCUUAGCUUUGCCUGUAACAAUACCAAGCCAAGAAACAACAGACAAAUAUUCCAUUACAUUAAUAUCUGAAUGUGGAUUGGAUAUACGCACUUAUAGGAUCCUAUUUAUUGAAACUUACAGCGAA